GGCGAUGCCAUGAUGUUUCACCGGAAAUAUAAAAAUUAUCACGCAUGCGUAGUUAACCCCAAAUUAAAAAUAGCGGAAGUGCACGUGUGUUGAGACAUCGCGGAAAUAUGAAUAUAACAGAAGACCUCCCGAAGGCGGUGACUUUGCUGCACGACCUGAAGAACAGAAUCAAUGAAGUAACCACUCAUAUCCAGGGUCUGAUCCGAAAAGUUAAGGAGGGAGACAUAAACACUGCUAAGGGAGUGAGUUUUCUGGAGGUCAAGUACCACAUGCUGCUCAGUUACUUGAUGAACCUGUCCCAAGUGAUCCUCAGGAAAAGUAGAGGGGAGAGCAUUAAAGGAGAACCUGCCAUUGAAAGACUGGUGGAGAUAAGGACAGUUCUGGAAAAAAUGCGACCCAUAGACCAGAAACUGAAGUACCAAAUUGAUAAGCUCAUCAAAAUUGCCACUACUGGAGCGCUAGGAGCUAGUGAUCCUCUGCGUCUCAAACCAAACCCUGAUAACCUGGUCAGCAAGCUAGGAGAAGAAUCUGGAACUUCAGAGGAAGAAGAUGUUGGAGAAAGAGAUGGAGAGAAAAAAUCCGGUGCCUACAGACCUCCCAAGAUUGCAGCUGUUCAUUAUGAUGGAGAUAUCACAGAAAAAGAUAAACAACAAAUGAAGUUGGAGAGAGCAAAGAAGAGAGCUCUAAGUAGUGGAAUUAUGAGAGAACUUAGAGAGGAAUAUCAUGAGGGCCCAGAGGAAAUUAGGGAGACAGUAGAUUUACACAAGAUUAAAAUGGAUAAGAAGAUGGCGGAGAGAACAGAAUAUGAAGAGUCCAGAUUUGUGAGAAUGAAUAUAACCAAAAAGGACAAGGCUGCCAUGCGGCGUCUGGGCACAAUGUCCAAUUUGGACGAGUUGACAAGAUUUGGAGACAUCAGCGUCCUCUCAAAGGAAGAAGCGGCAGAUUUAGAUGAUGACGAUAUGCCCAGCAGUAAGAGAAGGAAAAAAACACCAAAGAAGGGAAAAGGAAAGAAAAAGGGAAAAAGGAAAUUUCAUUAAGAAUGAAAAGGAAGCUGUGCAAACUUAUUGUCAACUCUACAGGUCGGCAAGAAUUGAGUAAAAACAUCUACUACAUAGGGCACUUAAUUAGAGACUGAACUAGCAACUUCUUGCCUUAUUACUGGAAAUAUCACUGCUCAGGGAAGGUCACCUGUGCUGAGAAAAAUACUUUCCAAAUGAAUACAUUUUCCUCAAAAUCAGUUCAUGUACAGGAAAAAAUGAAUAUUCAAAGAGUGUUAAGAAUUUU